AUGCUGUUGACCAUCGCCCGCUCGCCCCACCGACCAUCACCAGCUCUCUCCCUCAACCAUUGCCCGCUCUCUCCCUCAACCAUUGCCCACUCGCCCCACCAACCAUUGCCCGCUUGCCCCACCAACCAUCACCAGCAUGCUCCCUCAACCAUUGCCAACUCACCCCACCGACCAUUGCCUGUUUGCCCCACCGAUCAUCGCCAGCUUGCUCCCUUGGCCAUUGCCUGCUCAUGCCACCGACCAUCACCUGCUCGCUCCCUCAACCAUUGCCCGCUCACCCCACCAACCAUCACCAGUGCACUCCCUCAACCAUCACCAACUCGCUCCACCAACCAUUGCCCACUCGCCCCACCAACCAUUGCCUGCUUGCCCCUCUUCCAUGCAAGACUACAAAUGUCAAUAUGA